UUUCUUUCGCUACGACGCUUCAUUGUGUCUCUCCUCAAAGACCACAUAUCCUGUUCUCUGGAGGGGCCACUUGCCUCUCCUCCACAACCUCCGGCACCAUAGCUCCCCCCAGCCGUGGGUCCCCCCGUCCCUUGGCCCCGUUCGGCCUCGGGAGGAAGACCUUGGUGGCAGUGGCGAUUGGAGUAGUAAUGGUGCUAAUUUUGGUAAUCCUCAUUCCGGUGUUGGUCAACUCUGUGGGCUCCGAUGGCCACUAUGAGAUGUUGGGCACUUGCCGGAUGGUGUGUGACCCCUACCUUAGCAAAGCCGGGACAACAACCACCAGUACGGGUAUUCGAGCUGGCACCGGAGCUGAACCAUUGAGUGACAGAGGACAACCGGCGCCUUCAACUUUAGUUCAAGGUCCUCAAGGAAAAGCUGGACGUCCUGGAAAGCCCGGACCUCCUGGAGAGCCUGGGCUACCUGGUCCACCAGGUCCUGUAGGUCCACCAGGAGAACGGGGAGAACCAGGCAAAUCUGGACCACCAGGAUUGCCAGGAGGUGGAGUGACUGGUGCCAUCAGUACGGCUACAUAUACCACAGUUCCACGUGUGGCCUUUUAUGCUGGCUUGAAGAACCCCCAUGAGGGCUAUGAGAUCCUCAAAUUUGAUGAUGUGGUCACCAACCUUGGGAACAAUUAUGAUGCGGCAAGUGGACGGUUCAGCUGUACAGUACCAGGCACCUACUUCUUCACCUACCACGUCCUGAUGAGAGGUGGAGACGGCACCAGCAUGUGGGCAGACCUCUGCAAAAACGGACAGGUUCGUGCCAGUGCCAUUGCCCAGGAUGCAGACCAGAAUUAUGACUACGCCAGUAACAGUGUGAUCCUCCACCUGGAUGCAGGAGACGAAGUAUACAUUAAGUUGGACGGUGGUAAAGCUCAUGGGGGCAAUAACAACAAGUACAGUACCUUCUCUGGGUUCAUCAUUUACUCAGACUGAGAAGCCCCCUGUGUGGACAGUGCCCAGGCUCACCUACACUGCCAGGGAGCAAGAAGCCCACGAGAGAAGCAUGGGCUGGCUACCUAGAACACUCAUGUUCCCUACACCGCACCUUGUGUGCCUGGGGUUGUGUAUCUGCCUCCCCUACUCUGAGUCUUCAUCUCUCUUGUGUCCUUGGCUCACUCCUGCACCUUCUCCUAUGCUUUACUGUGUCUACACUCAAUAAGAACUUGCUACUGCAAUUUUGUCCUAACUGCCCUCCCUUAUAUAAGCACUAUUAUAGCCCAUUACUAAAACUCAUGUCACCUUACAGAACUUGAACCUAUACCUUUUCUACUAAUGUUUGCAGUGAUCUGCUUUCCCAUAGUAUGUCCUUCAAUAGCUUACAGUUGAGACACC